AUUAGUUAUCUGCGGAUAUAAAAGGAUGCUGUCAUGAAGAGGAGGAGAAGAUCUCUAAGAAUCAGUCAGGAUUUGGAAACAUGUGGAGAAACUUUUGGAAGUGUAUGGAAAGAACCAUCACCUGAAUCUUGCCGUGUGGCCAAAUUGAAAGAAAAGAGACGAAGAUCCAAAAUAUUAAAUGCUGAGGAGUUGCUUCCCUUCAAAGUUGCAGAAACACAAUCGAAUACAACUGAAGUGGAACAUCUAAACUUUCUUAAUGUAGACAUCCAGACAACCCCACUUUCAGAGGUAGAAGGAGCAAGAUGCCCAGACAGAAGCAUUGGUGAUCAAGAUAAUCUUGGGAUCACUCCAGUCAACAUUACAGAAGAUGUGCUGAACCCCUCAACAGAGAAAUCUUCUUUCAUUGAUGACACACCUAGGAGCAGCACCUCAACUCCGCUGCCAAAAAUUCAUCCAGAAGUUUUUUCUACCCCUUUAGCUCCUCCACAUUUAUCAGACUUGCUGCCAUAUUCCCCUUCUCAACCCAUUCUAGCAGAUAUCUCUCAAUCCCAAGAAAGCAGUUCUCUGGUAAGCCCCUGUUCUCCAGCCUCUGACGUAGAAUUUUUCACUCCCAUGUCUCAUAUGAAGUCUCACCCAUCCCAAAAUGACAUUUUAUCAUCAAGGAAGACAAAUGGAACAAAGUUCAAACCAAAACAACUGGCUGCUGAAUACUCUAAUGAAAAGAUGGAUGGAAUGAAGAAUAAAGACAGGCUAGGAGACUCUGCAGCAAACUUUGCUAAAGUCUGUAAAUCACUUGGAGAGAAAUUGUUAAUGCUAAAGAAAACAAAUUCUUCAGAGGAGAAAACAACCCAGAGCUUGACUGGUAUAGUGGAGGAAGAUGUUGGAUUUGAAAGAAAAGAAGAAAACAGUGAGAUUGACCAGUCACUGAAAACUUGUAUAAGUCCUGGAACUACUGAUAUAAAUUUAAAAACCACUAAAUCACCACAGAAGACCAUGGAUUCUUGUGUAGUUAGCCAGUCAUGUGACAAGCUUAUAUUAGAGACUGAACAAAAUGAAGAACCAUUGGAACAUUUAUUAGGAAGCAAUGAUAAAUAUGAUGGAAAAGACAUUCAGUUAGCAGAAUUUAGUGAUUUGGAUUUGAAACCAUGUCUAACAUCAGAUAUACACUGUCUUUCUAAGGCAUAUUCAGGGUCACCUCAACAUAGUCAAGAUAAGAACAGUGAAAUAGAAGAGAAAUCAAAGACUUUAAAUAAUAAUGUGAAGAAUGUAGAGAUGCAGGAAAAAGGGCAACCACGAAAAAGAGGAAGGCCAAGAAAAACGUCAACAGACUUACCUACUUCUGAUGCAUUGAAACAAGUUGUUUCUGAAAAUUUAGAGGAAAAUAUGAAUUGUCUCAUGAACAUAGUAAAUACAAAUAAAGGCAGUAAUGAAGCCAGUGUUACAAACUUGUCGAACUUGAAAAAUGUACAUGCAUGUAAUGAAAUGCAAAAUGUUGAUAUGAACAUUGACUUUGUGGAUCUAAGACAAGGUAAGGAAUUAGACAAAGAAGAGUUAGUGUGCAACGAAUCUGAGAUAACAGCAACUGAUGAUUCAGCAGGAAGGUGUGGAACAUUUUCCCCAGUACUGAAAAGGCACAGAGGACGUCCCAGAAAGAAAUCCUUGGACAGCAAGUUGGUACAAAUUGGUGGAAAUUCUGCAAGUCAUACAGAAUGUGAUGUAAAGACCUGUGAAGAUGGACAGCAACAGGAAGAGCUAUUAGCCAAUGAGAAGAAAUCGAGAAAAUUACGAAGAAAAUCUCUGUACAUAUUCAAAGCUUCUUUGGAAGUGCCAUGUAGUACAGAACUGAGAGAAGAUUCUGCAGAGGAUGUCAGGGAUUUCAAUAGCAGUCAGUUACAGAAAGAGCCAAGAGUAGAAGAAAAGAAGCCAAGUAAUUCACAAGAUAAAGCUUUGGAAAAUUUAAAAGAUUUUAGGGACGAGUCAUGUAAAGCAGACCUAGAAGAAGAUUCAAUGACAGAAACUGGGAAUAUGAAGUGCCAAAAUAGUCAUCUACAGGAGGAGCUGAAGAGAAAAGAGAAGAAGCCAAGAAAAUCUUUGGAAACAUUGAAAGACUGUAAGGAGGAGCCUUGUAAAGGAGACAUAGAAGAAGAUUCUACGACAGAAAAUGGAAAUGUGGAGUGUGGAAAUAGUCAUCAACAAGAUGAGCUGAUAGCCGCAGAAAGGAAGUCUAGAAGGUUACGCAGAAGAUCUUUUGAAAUAUACAAAGCGUCCAGGGAAGAACCAAGUGAAAUUGAGCUAAAAGAAGAAUCAAGCACUGAAGACACAAAGGAUUUUGGAAAUGUUCUGAAGGAUUUAAAUGGCACAACAGCUCCUGCUAAAGCUCCAAGGAAAAGAAAGAAGUCAGAUUCAGAGGAGGACAUUGUGAAAAUUUAUACUUCCAAGAACUAUGUAGCACCUCAAGUGAAAGCUUUGGAGACCAUUUCUGAAUCUCCCACAAUUGCAAAGCAGGCUAGAAAGUUGAAAAGAAUGAUUGAAUUUGGAAGUUUAUAUCAUGUACCACCUAUUAAACAAAAGAAAAGACAACAGAAAGCAGUCAAAAGGGGAUGGGACCAGAGAAAACUGAGAAAAAAUAAAAUUUCAGAUGACAUUGCUCAGCAGAAGUUGCAGAAUAUUUGGAAUGAUUUGGAUAAAGACUGACCAAUACAAUAGCAAUAUGGAAAAAUUAGUAUUUUAUUCUUGGUUCUCCUAGUUUCUUAAGAAUGUAGAGUGAAACAAGCAAUAAAUCUAUGUCUAGGUGAUUUGUGCUACCAAUUUUGAAUUUACUGUGGAAUUAUUUUACCUCAUGGGGGUCACUGUUUGUGGGACUGGGUAAGCAAAAUUUUACUGGUUUGUGUGGAGUUUAUUUUGUGGGUAACUCGUUAAUACGCAAGAUUCAAUUUAUCAAUAGUUAGAAAAAUCAAUGUUCAUGGGCCAUAAUAUAUCCAUCUGUAAAGGUGACCCACGAAAUCCAUGAGCACUGGUCCCUCACGAACGAUGAUUCCACGGAAUGCAUGUUUUUAGGAUAGAAUUUCUUAAUUGUGUAUCAAAUAUUUCUGAUCUUAGUAUCAUUUUAAAUAUGUUGCAGCUACAUGUAUAAGGCUUUGUAACCCAGUUUUAGUGUUUUACAAAGAAAGUAUUAUAUAAAACAAGACUGCCAUA